AUGUCCCUCCGAUGAUGUUGAAAAUUUAGGUGUCCGUUACAAUAACUAAUUGUCAAUUAGCAUAGAAUUUUUAAUUUUGAAAUUCUGUGUAAUCUUUUCGUGGUUGUGGAGUAAAUUGUUAAGUCAGAAGUGUAGUAAAGUUAGUGUUAUACAUGCCUAAACUUAUUGAUUUAAGCGUAAGGCAAUUAAAAAAGGAAUUGGAAGCAAGGCAAUUGCUAACGAAAGGGAACAAAUCGAAAUUGCAGGCGCGACUAUUACAAUCAAUGGAGGCCCGUGGGGAAAAUAGCGAAACAUAUGAAUUUUCAGAUAUGGUAUCCAAACAUGACAACGAAUUACAGGCUUUAGCAGUUUUUGACAAUGAGACUCGUACCGCGGUUUCUAUGGGAAUGACCACUUUAUUAUCUGCAAUAGCGGGGGUACAGGAGAGUCUGAUACAAAAUACUGCACAAGUUGAUGAUAUACAACAACGUAUUGCAGAUGAUAUAGUUAAAAAUUCCGCGCAAUUAAAGGAACGAGUGCAGGAUAGUGCAACUCUAUUGGAAGAACGUAUACAGCAAAAUGCAUUGGUAAUGGGAGAACGUGCAUAUGCUGACUUGGCUAAGUGGCGUUUAAAUUUAUCGGUGCACUUAAAGAAACUGGAAGAAAGGCUGUUACACAUCGAAGCGAUCAAUGGACAACUGAGUGCAAGACAAGAAAAAUUAGAACGUGGUUGUCAAAAAAACCAUCCGAAGGUUGAAAAUGAAAUCCAAGCUACUGAUAGAAAUGUGAACAGACACAGCAUAAACGUUUGUGGAAAUGAAAUACUUGACAAUAAUCUACCAAAAGUCGUUAAUACUUCGCACUUAAGUCCACCAAUAUUUGAUGGAACGAUGCCUAUUUCAAUUUUCAAACUACAAUUUGAAAUGUCUGUAAAGCUUUAUAAAUGGAACGAUGUGGAGAAGUUAGCUGCAUUGGUUUUAGCUAUUAAAGGCCCUGCUACCGCGAUCCUUCAAACCUUUACAAAUAUGACAGAUCUUAAUUAUGAAGCAGUUAUGGGUGAGUUGGAAAGAAGAUAUGGUAGUGAGCACUGGCGACAAAUAAACAAUAUGCAAUUAGUUAAUCGCGUGCAGAAACCUAAUGAGACAAUACUAGAUUAUGCCAACGAUAUUGAACGUCUUAGCAAUUUAGUGUACGCUAAUAGUUCCAAGGAUUUACUUGAAACAAUUAAGAUUGAGAGUUUUAUAAGAGGAUUACGUGAUUGUGAAAUAAAACUAGCAAUGUAUUCCAUGCCAAAGUCAACAUUUAUGGAAACACUAUCGUACGCAAUAACUCGAAAGGUGGCGUUAGACCUAGCUGGACCAGAGCUUAAUUGCAAUGAUAAUUAAUAUU